AGUAUAUUGAAGUGACUGAUGAUGCUAGCUGAUGUUUGAUGAGAUGCCUCGGUCCUUCAUGGUGAAGAGUAAGAAGGCGCACAGCUACCACCAGCCCCGGAGUUUGGAGGAUGACUACAACAGACUGGACUGUAUUCUGGCGCACAUAUGCUCAGAGGUGGAUAAACUCCCGGAUGACACCGACAUGUCGGAGGACAGGUACGGUCUCUCUCCUGACUCUCACCUGGCUGACACUGCGGAUUUCUCCCCCAAGUCUCCGCUGAGCAUCGCCGACAGUCUGUGCGGUCCCUCCUCUGACUAUGAAGAUUUCUGGAGGCCUCCGUCCCCCUCUGCAUCACCGGUUGAUUCGGAGAAAUCCCUCUCUCCUCUGGUGGACGAGACUCAGCCCUUCACCAUCCCCUUCCGGCCAUACGCCUGGAGCAGCUACCCGGGGCCCGGACUGAGGCCCCUGGUGCAGCAAAGCCUCCAUUCCAGCAUGGAGGUGGACAGGGGGCCAGGAGCUUUAUCGUUCUACGGAGACAGGAGCACCCACCCAGCUCUGGACUCAUACAGGACUCUGGGCGAGGAGGCUUAUGGAGACUACAGGAGGCAUGCUGCUGCUUUGCUGUUUCCUGAUGGAGGCCUGCACGGGAAAGCUCACAGUGUGAAGGCCCCACCUGACCUGCUGUGCUCCAGUCUGAUCCUCAAUGGUGCCUACAAGUGUAUCAAGUGCAGUAAGGUGUUUUCUACUCCACACGGUUUGGAAGUCCACGUCCGCAGAUCGCACAGCGGCACGAGACCGUUUGGUUGCGAAAUCUGCGGCAAAACGUUCGGGCACGCAGUCAGUUUGGAGCAACACAAAGCUGUGCACUCCCAGGAAAGAAGCUUCGACUGCAAAAUAUGCGGUAAAAGUUUCAAGAGGUCGUCAACUCUGUCGACGCAUCUGCUCAUCCACUCAGACACGCGGCCGUACCCGUGCCAGUACUGCGGGAAAAGGUUCCACCAGAAGUCAGACAUGAAGAAACACACAUUCAUCCACACAGGUGAGAAGCCACACAAAUGUCAGGUGUGCGGGAAAGCGUUCAGCCAGAGCUCCAACCUCAUCACGCACAGCAGGAAACACACCGGAUACAAACCCUUCGGCUGCGACCUCUGCGGGAAAGGCUUCCAGAGGAAAGUGGACCUGAGGCGGCACAAAGAGACGCAGCACGGACUGAAACAAUAAAGAGGACUAGUCCUCUGCAAAAAUCAUGUCAUAAUAUUAUCUGACCUCAGGGUCUUUAAAGUAUUAUUACUGGAAAGAGUCCGGAUAUCUGACAGAGCUAUUACAGAUGAAAGACAUGUAUCAUAGAUCUAUAUGUAUAAUUAUUUAUUUAUUUUCAUAAGACGCGUGAAGGCUUGAACCGUUUUCUUACGGACGUUUUACAGUGAAGACAUCAGAAACACUACUUCUUUCAAAGACUGCUCCACAGGCCCAUGAAACCAGAGAUAAGCUUUGAUCAAAACGAAUAAAUACAUGUGAUGGCGCAUGAUGAAAGAAAUGCAUCGUGCUAACGUCGACUGGAUUCGGCUUCAGUGGACUCUAAACCCAAAUAUUGGUACUCUCACUUUAAUAACCUUGAUGACAGUAAAGCCUGCAAAGCUGCAAAUCAGCGCCUCUGCAAAGACCAGAGGGUUUCUGUUUUCAGUUUGAAGAUAUGCUGGCACAACAGUCUCCUCAGCCUGUGUGAUUUAAUAAACAGAAGGCCUUAGAUGUAAUCUUCCACUUUUACAUUUUGCACAUUUUGCUCUCAUAAUGCAUUUUGUCAAAUACGUUUUUGAUGGUUGGUUUUAUUGAAAUCAAGAAAUGCAAUAAAAUCUGAAAGUUGA